GCCGGGAGAUGUGGUCUAUGAGAAUAUCAAUGACUGGAAGAGUGGGUACAGAGGUGUAGAGGGAAACUACGUCUAAACUAAAAGGGUAUUUGUUAGUUUUAAGUAUGGCGGGGUCAAUAUCUUUGAGUCUUGUGAAGAUUUCAUAGGAGCUGCUGACGUGUCCAGGGAAUGCGUGUAGUAAGGACUUGAGGAGUUUAGAGAGGAACCAAGAAAUCUUAUAGAAAGGACUGUUAAUUCCUGAUACUAUGGGACUGAUUUUAAGCUUAGGUCCAGGUUUUUGAGUUUUUAUUAAAUAGUAGAAGGAUGGAAGGGUGGUGUUUUUAGAUCUGUAGUUCAGCCUAGUCUUCUUAGAGAGAUUCCUUUGGUGAAAGAUAUUGGUCCAGCUGGUGUUGAUGGUGGACUCCAGUUGGUGAGGUGUGAUGUUGUAAACCUUUUCAUAACAGUGAGUCCCUGGGGUGUUCGAUAGCUAGUUUGGGGUUGUGAGGGGAAGGGUGGAGUGGGUUAUCGAGAUGGUAGAUGGGGUAUCUAAGUCAUAACCACGAAAUAUGGAAUACAAGAUUUUCAUUAAAUUCAAAAUGGUUAAAAUUGAAGAUUGUUGCCAAAAUUGUGGUCAGGUGUCAGCUCUUUAUCAAUGUUAUCGGUGCAAAAUGGUUUCCUAUUGUUCCAAAAAUUGUGAAAGAAAGCACAAAAAAGAACAUAGCAGAGUGUGUUUUACUCCUCAAACUACACUGAAUCAAAUAAAUCCAUUGACUGAAUCAGAAGUAACAUGUUCCAAUAAUAAAAAAAAAUCAAAUAAUGAAAAAACAGAUAAUAAAAAAGAGUGUUUAAAAGACAGUUCCAAUGGUAAAACAGAAAACUUGUGUGAAACAUGUUUUAGAACUAAUAUUCCUUUAAAGAAAUGUUCUAAGUGCAAAACAACUUACUACUGCUCAACUGACUGCCAGAAAUAUGAUUGGUCAACACAUAAAAGCAAUUGUAAGGUUCCAGAAAUGAAUACUGAGGUGAAGUAUGAGAAGGAGAGUGGCCAUGAGUAUAGCAAGGAGAGAAGUAACAAAAAAGAUCCAGUGAAGGAGAACAGUGUGAGCGUAGAUGAUGGGGAUGGUAGUGAUCCAGUGAAGGAGAGCAGUGUGAGCGUAGAUGAUGAAGAUGGUAUUGAAGUAGACAGCAAGGUAGGCAGUAAGAAUAAAAAGAAAAGAAAUAGAAGAAAAAAGCGUAAGAAUGUCAACAGUCAUGAAGGUGAAAUAUGUGACAGUUGUGGUAAUUUUUAUGAAUAUUUAAUGAAAUGUGGCCAGUGCAAGAAUGCAAAAUAUUGCUCAAAAUCUUGUCAGAAAUCUGCAUGGCCUCAUCACAAGAAAUUGUGUACAUCUUCUAACAACGCAAAUACUGAAUCUUCAAGACUCAUAGAUAAUUUCCAGAAAGCUAUACAUGAAGCAGAAAGGAGAUUUCCCUGCCAUAAUAAAAUUACAAGAUUUUAUGAGGUUUCAGCCGGAUGUAUGCCUCAUCUUUCCGAAAGAAAUAAACUUCUUGUUGCUUACAUUUUAGAAGUAGGAUUCCACUUCUUUAGGCCUUCUUUUUUCAUCCAAGAUAUUGAAGGUCGCAUAUGUAGUCUGAUAUUUUAUCACAAAGAAUCAGAUCCUCAUCCAUAUUUUUCCUGGGACCAAUUGAAAGUUGGGAAAUAUAUUUGUAUCUUGGAACCCGAGAUUCAUUUUUUUCUUGAUGGACAAGUUGGUUUUAGAAUUAAUUCUACUAAGGAUGUUAGGGUUUUAUAAAAUGUUGGGUUAAAAGAAAUAAAUCUAUUUUUCAAGUAUUUAUUGUUAAUAAAUUUAUUUUAUCAAG